CCAGAAGCCAUCUGAGGAGUACUCGUCAGUACUGUUCAGACCUCUUAUUUCAUUUGACGGAAUCGUGUCGAGUGGAUAUUCAUAAUAAAUUCACUGACGUGGGCUUAUAUGUCUUUAAAUUUACAUACUAUACAUAUAUUGUGAAGCAGAAAUACGAAUUCCGUGUUACAUAUUCUAGUGUUUUAUCAAAAUAAGAUAAUGGGCCUAAACAAUUGAUUAGAGAUAUGCUAAAGCUGGUGCUAAAAUAUCAAUCAUACUAUACAAUAUCAUUAGUUUAUUCAUUUAAAAAUUUGAGCUGUGAAAUUAUAACAAUGCUGAAAGGAAUAUUGCACAUUAACAAGUGCACAACAAUGAUUAAAUUGUUUAGAUGUCGAAGAGAUACACUAGAUGAGAAAGGUGGAGCAUCAGUAGAAAUAAUUAAUAAAUACAUAACGCUUUGUAAUCUAAAUUGACUAAACUCAAUGCUGAUAAGUCGACAUAUCCCAAACUAGAUACAAUAACUUUGAAAACGACGAAUAAACCAAAGUUUCUCGUAUGUCAGCGUCAUAUAUAAUUAAUUCAUUUAAUGAGCGGCGAUGCUUUCGAGCAAUACCUGACGAAGAGGAAACUAGUUUGGGUAAUGAAGCAGAUUUGGUUAUGAGUUUAUCUCAAAAAGAAAUACUUAUACCACCAACGGCUUCUCAUCAGCAUCAAUUGGAACCACUUUCUAAACCUAAUACAAACGACACCUCGGCUCAAAACUCGGUUUCUGCUGCAGCCGCUGCUGCGGUUGCACAUCACCACCACAGCCUGUCUAGUAUUCAACAUCUUCAGAACUUGCAUAGCCAACAUCAAGGUACUCUAUUCAACAAUAACCACUCAACACCGUUUAGUGUGACUGACAUUUUAAGUCCAAUAGAGGAAUCGUACCGCAAGUUGGAAAUAAACGGAAACCCGCCAUCCCCAUUUCGAUCUAAUUCUAGUGGUAGUAGUAUUAAUUCACCGGGGACAGUAAGUACUUCAGCAAUGGCGAAUCCGUACGCUAUGGGAUCGUUGUACCAUAGUCCAGGAGUUCAAAGCUAUUGUGGACCGACAGAUAACUUAUCGUUGGCUGGGCAUUACACUGAUAUGCGAGGCUCGGCUUCCUGGUAUGGAUCAACGGCAAAUGACCCCAGAUUUGCAAUUUCGCGUCUUAUGAGCUCCUCAGCUGGUGGAUCAAUGGGUCAUAUGGGCAACAUGACUGGGUUAGCUGCAUGCAGCGUUAGUGAUACAAAACCUCUUCAAUUUCCAUUGGCACAAAGACGAAAAAGAAGAGUUCUUUUUACACAAGCACAGGUUUAUGAGCUUGAGAGAAGAUUUAAGCAACAACGAUAUUUGUCAGCACCCGAACGGGAACAUUUAGCAAGUCUUAUUCACUUGACGCCCACACAAGUAAAAAUUUGGUUUCAAAACCAUCGGUAUAAGUGCAAACGACAAGCGAAAGAAAAGGCAAUGGCAGAACAAAAUCAGCACAAUCAGUCUGCAAGCUCGCCAAGGCGCGUUGCUGUUCCAGUUUUAGUAAAGGAUGGUAAACCAUGCCCUGGAGCAAGCAGUUCAGUACAACCGCAAACGCAUACUAACAGCUCUACAACGUCUGGCAACAACAGCAAUAAUAGUAAUGGCAAUGCAAAUGGGGUAGCUGGAACAACUUCAGUUGCAAGCAACGUACCAAGUGUCCUAAAUCUGAUCCCUGGAGAUGCGCCUAACUCUCAUUCACCUGACACAUCUUCUUCUCUGAUAGCAAGUUACAGUGGGACAGUUGGAGGUUCCAAUGCUUCUAUGUUACAACAACCCUGCAAUAAUGCUCUAAUGUCCAAUAGUUUAGCUAUGGCCUAUCGAAACCAAAAUAAUUUUAUUUCGAAUGGUCAUCAACAACAAUGUGGAGGCUACUUACCAUUGCAAGGUAGAGCAUGGUAAAAGCAUCUUAUCAUUACAUUCUUUCGGUUCUAAAAAUGUGU